UUAGGAUGCUGAAUUAAUCUAAGGGUGUGACUUUCUUCACAUAAUUCUUCAUUAAACUCUAAUUAAUGGCACUUUUUAGCAUUACUGACUCUGCAGCCUGGCUUUGGAUUUAGUCCAUAUGCAAGGAAUAGGAUUAUGUAUAAAGGGCCUGAUUUCUGUCUAUAAAUACAUAUGUAAACCUUUUCUUUUUUUCAUCUAAUAUAAGACAGAAUGGAUAUAGUAAUGCAUGAAGAUAUCCAGCCAGGAUUUUUUCCCCAUUAACAAAAAAAACCCUCUAAUGACUUCUUCCUCUAAUUAAUGACUACCAUGCCUGCUAUGUAAACAUGCUUUAAAAAUGCCCAUGUGCAAGCCAUUAUCCCAGACAGACAAGCACAUUUUGGCUUGUCCAUCCAACAUGUUCUGUCUGAAGUGUAGUGUUUAACUGUACAUGCAUGAGCUUUGACCUCAGUGGUGCUGAGUAGCCUACCAGACUCAUCCACGUUUGCAGGAGAGGAAAGUGAGGGAAAAAAAAAGAAAAGAAAAAAGAGGAGGGGGUGGAAAGGGCCAAGUUCCCUCCCCUUUCUUUCCUCCUCCCCUUCUGUGUCUUGCUCUCUCUCUCUCUCUCUCUCUCUCUCUCUUUCUCUCUCUGUCUCUGUCAUUUGUUUCCUACUGAUCUGCUUCUUCUUGAGAGCUGAGAGAGCGAAGAGAGACGUGGAGCAAAGUUUCAUAUACAGGAAGUUCUCUCGGGUGUAAAAAGCUGUUGGGAGUUUAACCCAGUCAGCACAGCGGAGUGAGUGACUAGCCGACACUCCUCUUUCUCCUCCCUUCGGUCUCUCCUUUGGUGCCACUGGGCCAUGGUUCGUAAGAAAGGCUCCCUUAUCUUAUGCGGAGCGGUUCUGUUUGUCGCCUGGAAUGCCUUGCUGCUUCUGUUUCUCUGGGGAAGGCCACCCAUUGGUCGACUUGGAGACGGAGGCGGAGCUGAACCCGGCGCAGGAGAGGAAUGGCAAGCUGGAAAAGGGAAGCGAGGUGGAGCCAGCGGGCUGGCGGGCGAAGUGAUCCGAUUGGCAGAAGAGGUGGAAUCGGAAUUGGAGACUCAAAAGAAACUCCUGAAACAGAUACAGAGCCACAGAUCUUUGUGGGAACAGAGUAAAGAAUUGAGGAAAAAAGAGACUGAGGAGGCAAAGGACAAAAAAGACGAAUUUAAAGAACCUCAGCAGUUGCUCCAGUUACCCACCUUGAAGGGAAAUGAAAUUAUUGUAAAAAACAAGCAGGUUCCUGUUGUCUCAAACCCUCCACCAGACACAAAGCAGGACAAAGAGUCAGACAAUGACAAACCGUCGGACAAAAAUAACGUGGACCUUACAGAUCCUAGUCCUCAAACUGUCAUCCCGAUCUUGGUCAUCGCUUGUGACAGGGUUACGGUGAAAAGAAGUUUGGACAAGCUAAUACAGCACCGGCCUUCAGUGGAGCUAUAUCCAAUCAUCGUGAGCCAGGACUGCGGUCACUCCGAUACAGCCCGGGUCAUUGGCUCCUAUGGCAGUCAGGUGACCCACAUCAGCCAACCAGAUCUCUCUAACAUUCCUGUGCGGCCCGAUCACCGGAAGUUCCAGGGUUACUAUAAGAUCGCCAGACACUACCGUUGGGCCCUGAACCAAGUCUUUAACACGUUUGGUUACUCCACUGUGGUCAUCGUUGAAGACGACCUGGAGGUGGCGCCAGACUUUUUUGAGUAUUUCCGUGCUCUCCACCCGAUCCUGCUCUCCGACCCGACACUGUGGUGCAUCUCAGCCUGGAACGAUAACGGUCGUGACGGCCUGGUGGACCCGGGCAAGCCUGACCUCCUCUACCGGACAGAUUUCUUCCCAGGUCUCGGAUGGAUGCUGUUGAAGGAGUUGUGGGCGGAGCUGGAGCCCAAGUGGCCCAAAGCAUUCUGGGAUGACUGGAUGCGUCACCCAGAGCAAAGGAAAGAGCGUUCCUGCAUUCGGCCAGAGAUCUCCAGAACUAUGACGUUUGGCCGGAAAGGAGUCAGUCUGGGUCAAUUUUUCGACCAGUACCUGCGCUACAUUAAACUCAACACUGAAUUUGUGCCUUUCACUAAACGGGAUUUGUCUUAUUUGGUCAGGGAGCAAUAUGAUGAAGACUUUAAUAAAGAAGUGUACAGUGCGCCUUUGGUGAAAGUGGAGGAGCUGCAGCAGGGUGGCAGUUUGCAGGGUUCAGGACCGUUCAGGGUGCAGUACUCUAGCAGAGACAGUUUCAAGGUGUUAGCCCGGAAUUUGGGAGUGAUGGACGACUUAAAGUCUGGUGUUCCACGUGCCGGUUACAGGGGCGUGGUCAGCUUUCUCUCUCGUGGUCGGAGGAUUUAUUUGGCACCCCCUGAGGGCUGGACAAAAUAUGACACAAGCUGGAGCUGAAGGGUCUCAUAUGGAACAUGGACUGAGUAUCAGAAACAUGCAAGAAGACACCCAUGCAAGAGGAGAUGAUCAUCCUCUUAAACCAAAGAAAACAUGCAUGGUAGAGAUGGGAAUGCACAGUCAAAAUGUCAGAGAUUUUAUGAAGGAAGGCAGCUUUGUUGCGUUCUGAUCAUGUACCUGGCAUUCACACUAGCAAGCGACAAAAUUUCUAAUGUCACUUCAGGUGUGUCACUUGUGGUGGCGUGUGGCGACUGCUACUAUUAUCACCUGUGGAUGUGCACUGGCUGAUUUUUUUUUUAACUACUGGUAUCAGAUGUAGUAGUCUUUUAUUUUCUUCUCUUUUUUCACACCAAAGGCUGUCGAAUGAGAACUAAACACGGGUCCGAAACUGAUAGUGUGAGAAUAGUGAUUCCGGGAGACCAUUGGAGUUUACUGGAGCCAGUCAUUUGCAUUUUUCUUUUCAGUGCACCAAGCCUAACGUGCAUAGAACUGAGAAUGUCGAAUUCAAAUGUCAAAGAUUGUGGUUCCAUGUCAUUCAACUUGCGUAGAAAAUCAAUAUUUGCCUGUUGAUUUGUCACUUGCUAGUGUGAACAUAUGUUUAGGGUUAAACACCUGUUUGUACUGGGAACAACAACAAAAAUCAAUUCCUCAUGCACAUACAGCAGUCGGAUUCAGAGAAGACUGAAGUUAAAAGUGUUACAUUUUCCAUGCCAGGGAAGGCUUGACAUUUUCACCGCUAAAUUGUAUGCUUUCUGAGUGACUAUCAUAAAAGAUCUCUCACUCAAUGACCCAGUGAGAGUUGUUUUCAGUGAGUUACUGAUAUUGUUCUAAAGUGACUUAUAAAUGAAGGUAUAAUUGUCGUUUAAUUUGACUGAUGCAUUUGGACAAAAGUAGAUUUUACAUACCUUUUCAAGGAGCACUACUUUGGCAAAGUUCCCAAAUGUGAAGCACCAAAACUUUUGUUGAAAUACUCUGUAAUUUGGGAUCACUUUCAAUACAUUUAGUCAAAGAUAUCCUAAAUGUUGGGUUUGUUGCAAAACCAAUGACCAUAGAGAACUUGCUUUACGUGUUAUGUCAAAUGCGGUCAUUUCAGUGGAUCCAAGUAGACUGGACAAGAGGACAAAUCAAAUCUAAUUUAAAAUAUGCUGUAUUUGCAGGUGUUUGUGGGAAGGUUUGAUAUGUUCUAAUGUCUGUAUGACAAAGUAUAAAACCACUGCCUGAUGUGUUGUUUAUAAAUUUAAUACAUUGAUAAUAAAUGACUAUUUUGAUA